GUGGAAAAAGUGGGGAAAUCGGGCAAACUGGGUUGAAAAAAUGGGGAAACUGGGGCGGAAAAUGGGGAAAUUGGGCAAACUGGAGUGAAAAAAUGGGAAAAUUGGGGCAGAAAAGAGGAGGUUUGGGUGCUUUGGGGUGAGAUGCGCUGGUUUUGGGUCUCCCCGACCCAAACCCCUGAAUUUUGGGGCUGUCUGACCCAAAAUGGCGAAUGUUGUGGGUUUUUGACCCAAACCCAUCCGUUUCGGGUCUUUCUGACCACAACCUGUGAAAUUUUGGGUCUUUUUGUCCCAAACCUGUGAAAUUUUGGGUCUUUCUGCCCCAAACUUUCAAUUUCGGGUCUCCCCGACCCAAAACCGGCCGAAUUUUGGGUGAUUUUGCCCCAAAUCCCGGCAGACGACUCCGUGUUCAUGGAGCGGACGAGCGACCUGGCCGAGUACGUCCUGAACGAGAGCGGCCGCAUCUUCUACGGCACCGAGCAGCAGAUCGUCGAGCGGCCCUGGAACUACGGGCAGUUUGACGCAGGGGUGCUGGACGCCUGCCUGGCCAUCCUGGACCGGCGCGGGAUGCCCCACAGCGCCCGGGGGGACCCGAUCAUGGUGGCCCGCGUCGUCUCAGCUAUGGUGAACUCCCUGGAUGACAACGGGGUCCUGGUGGGGAACUGGACCGGGGAUUACGCCCAGGGCACCAACCCCUCGGCCUGGGCCGGUUCCGUCGACAUCCUGCGGGCCUACCACCGCGGCGGGGUGCCCGUGCGCUACGGGCAGUGCUGGGUGUUCGCCGGCGUCAUGACCACCG